GAGGAGUAGGAGGGGCCCUUGGCUAAGGAAGCGAGAACAUUUUGCCGCACACGUUGUGUGACGCCUUCACCACCGUCGGGAUAUGUUCCCGGACGGGCUGUGUUUGAACCCCGAUGGUCGUCACUGUCACCAAGUCAGCCUGCUUCGUGUUGUCGCCGGAGCCGAUAUUCACUCAGUGGACGCACACAGAGGGACAGAGAGAGGGUUUGUUGUUGUGUGCUUGGGUUAAAGAGGACGGAGCGACUUCACACGGCUGCCUGUGAAAGCUUCGAAGGCAACGAGGAGAAGAAGAAGAAGGAGGAGGAGGGGCGUGGGAAGCGUUCGAGACGACGAUAACGAUGGUGAUGAUGGUGGUGGUGGCCGACGCGCGCCGCCUCCUGCUGCUGCUACUCGGACUGGCCGCCGUGCUGUCCUUCGCCGCAGGUGGCGCUUUCUUUGUUUUUGUGGAAGAUACCUUGUCUGCAGAACUUGGCCGUGACUUGACAAUCCCGUGUACAACAGAUGCUGAUUUAAUGAAAUUGGCUGUUCAGUGGUACAUUGUCAAAGCAGAGGGACGAACAAGGGUGUACUUCAAGAAAGCAGGCGUGACGUUUCCUUCUGAGGAUCCCCUAUACCAGGGUCGGCUCUCAAUUGUUGAUGGCGUCUCACUUGUUGUGAAGAAUGUGUCUCUGGUUGACCAGCGGGAAUUCAUUUGCAGCAUCACCUUGGCCGCCACGGAGGCUAAGUCAACCAAAGUUAACGUCUACGCAAAUCCUCGCCUGGAAUUGUCUCCAAGUACAGAGCCACUUAUCGUGAACAACAAAUUUCAAAAGGUUGCAGACUGUGUUGCUAAAGAUGGAUAUCCUGAGCCCAAGAUUGUUUGGUUUAAAAAUUCGAAUCCAAUCAUCGAAGAUGCGGAGGUCAUGCCGGUGGUGACAAAGAACAAUCAAGGUCUGUUCACGGUGACCUCUGUGCUGAGGAUGCGACCCCAGAAGACUGACAAGGGCAGCUUGAUCAACUGCUGUGUCAUGACCGGUGGUGGAAACACUGAAAUAGAGGCUCCGCUGGCAACGAUGGUCACAAUUCACUAUCCUCCCGAAGGUGUAAGCCUCGAGGUGUUUCCGAACUUCAUCAAGGAGGGAGACACCGUCACGCUGACCUGCGUCACUGAUGCUUUCCCACCUCCCACUUACGCCUUCUUCCAGGGGGAAACUCUGCUUGCCGAGACGGGUAAUAAGAACACGUUCAAGAUGCCGUACAUCAAUCGGCGUCAGGGCGGAGUCUACAAGUGCGAGGCUCGUUACACGUCCUCACCCAUGCAGACCACAGCCAAGGCAGAGCGCCAGAUAAACGUGCAUUAUAUUGAGAGACUACGAAUAAUGGGCAUUCCCGAUGGGGAAGUCAACAAAGGGGAUAACAUCACGAUGACGUGCAGCGCAAGCUCAUCUGGGAAUAUCACCUACCAUUGGAAUAAGGAUGGCGAACGGAAAGAAGAUGGCCGCAUUCUCAGUCGCCUACACGUGACCUCAUACGAUUCUGGGUCAUACACGUGUGUUGCUCAAUUGGCUGAAGGCUCGAUGUCUGUGGACGAAACAGUGACCAUCACCGUGAAGGGUUUAGCGAUAUGGAUCAUAGGAGCAUGUAUUGCUGCUGCUGCUGUCAUAUUAAUAGUGCUAAUAACCGUUCUGGUUAUUUGCAGAAAAAACAAACGGGGUGAGAUGAACUUAAACGAAGACCACAGCGACACCAUGGCAGCAGGGAUUCCAUUGAGAUCAGUUGAAGAAAAUGGUGCAGGAGAGAAGGAUUCCACGACUGACGCUGAAAUCCCAGCAGGUAUACCUGGUACGUAACUAUGUCAUCAUUAAUACAUGAUAUGUUGUGCUCAACUCAAAGCCACAAUGAUGGUCAGCAGAGGAUUACCUUCAUAACAACACACCUCAAAUUUAGAUUUAAAGCUUUCGUGACUGCAGGGAUUCAUAUUCUUGGUUCUUUCGGUAAAGUCACCACGUAGAAGGGAAACAAUAAAAUAAGAAAAAUAUAAAACAAUAAAAUUCUCACGACGUUUCGACUGCAACACAAGAAAUCAUCAUCAUCAUCAGGUGUGAAAACCACAGCAAGAAAAUUUGAAAAAGUGGCGGUUAUUACACACCUCAAGGUUGGAUCUCGUCUGAUAGCUCAGCCAUUGUGUGCUUGACUUACACUGCUGAGUUGUACCAGGUUCCAUUCCCACUGUUGCCUGGCCCAUGGCAUUGGGGCAACAGAAUUUCCUGCCUGGAGACCAUGGAUGGCCACUGACAAUGUCGACUAAAUAUUUGCACUGAAUGUUGCAUGUCUGCGGACGGGAAAACAUUAAUAUAUAACAAAUUCACAUUUGAGUCUGUUAAUCAUGUGCUGCAGCUGAAUUGUGUUGGCGAUGAUGUAUGCAUUUAUUGCCAAUAUGCAAACUGUGCCGUUGGAGUUAAGGACUGAGAUGAGGAAAUGCCCAUCUUCAACUCCCAACAGUCGGAAGAGAAUCAUGUGAUACGCCACAGAAGCCACUGGGGGAUGAUGCAACAGAACUACUUCAAGUUUAUCUCUACAGCAGACCUUUCAUCACCAUUAACAGCCAAGAUCAAUGCGCUGCUGGAUGAAGGCGUCCCCCAAGCUCUCCCCAUUCCUCAAAGUCUUGAUUAACCCAGCACUAAAACAAAUAACUACAUGCAUAUUAAUGAUCGUUGUUUGUGCACCGUGAUUUGUUGCCUUACAUGGUUCAUCCAUUUACAAAUGUCGAUCUUUAAAUGUGAGCUGGGCUAAUAAUCUUAAUUCUUGGGGGGCAAUUUAGUGCCACAGUGAACACAUUGAUGGCCUCUCUUGGCAAUCGUGGUGGGAAUGAUUCAGGUGCCCCUGGAUCUCAGCAUGGCUGGUACUAAAUUCUUAACUGUAGGGGAAGCAUGGAAAGCUGUAGCUUUAAUAUCAUUGUCCAUACAGAAAUCACCUUAAUGUAUUAAAUUAGUUGGCAUUCGAGCUGCUGAAAUCGGUUACAGAGAGAAGCUGCAUGCUUGAGCCUCCUGAUGGUGAACUGAACCCAUCCAGACGACGGCUCCAGACUUGAGACAUCACACUACUCAAUUUAACAUCCAGGUGCUGCCCUCUAUCCGCACAGACAGACAAAGAUCCCCUGUAUCGCCUGAACAGACUGUUGGGGCAAAUGCUGUAGGCAAGCACCUGGAAAGGCUGGCACGGCGCACGAGGGUGUUGGUGGACAGUCCCACAGGCCAUUUGCAUGUACGUUUAAGUGCUGUUCUUCUGCAAUGCUGGUUUUUACACACUGCUAUGAUUUAACGGGCUGAUUUGAUUGACAUCACUGCGCAUAAAAGUCAGGCUCUGAACUAGGGUUUUAAGAGAUGUUCGUCUUGACAUCCCUUGGAACAGUUGCCGAGCCACCCGGCCAUAUGUGACUUAUCAUUUUGAGGUGUCGCUGGUUAGGAAGUCACCAGGAAAUGUACUUUUGCAUUUGUUAUUCAGCUACAUGUGUUAUUCAGCUAGAUGCCUGACAUUUCACUGACCGUGCUUGGAGAAUCUUCAGGAACUGAAUAUUGAAAACACCGGAGCUAUACAGCACAAACCCAACAAUCUACGUAAUGUGUGUAUAAUUGCAGCUUGGUUAGUCUGUAAACCUGCAUUAAUAUUUUUUUUUAUUGCAGUUUGUGUCCAAGUGGAAAGUGUGUGUGUACAUAUUUCCAUUUUUAAUAUUACCACUCAGUAUUUGUGUACUUUCCAAGAAGUUGUGGUUGUGCAUCAGCGUUGAGUCAUGAAUGGUGAGAAGAUGUCUAAUGUGAUUACGUGGCAAGGGAAAUUGGAUUGUACAAUAGGGGAAGUUGUGUCUUGAAGACUGGCCAUCCAUUUGCCUUCUGCAUCCCUCGGUAUACAGAACAGAUUUUCCUGAGAUGUUGUCUCUAAAGCGAAAUUCCACAAAUCGCACCCUAUUUUCUCAUUCACUUUAAAUUAUAAUUGGAGAUGCGUUACUAACAGAAAAGAAUUGGGCCCUAAGACGACGUAAAAUUUCACUUAAGAAUGCAGCAAACCUUUGCCAGAAGCUGGUGAUUGCCGUGUUAGGAGGAAAUUGCUUUUUGGUUUCUUUUUGUUGUACUUCUGCAAUCACUUGCACUCAAUGGCCUCUUUCCAGACAUCUGGACUUGCACCGAAGAACGUUUAAAAAUGAAAUGGUUAAAUCCUGUGCAGUGAGUACAGCACUGGGCGUGAUCAACACAAAGGGAAAAACAAGGCGAGCUUGAGCGACGUGAAUAAUGCCGGAAACCAGUCGAGGUUGAAACUAGUGCGCCUCGUACAACGCUAUCUGGAGCAAGUCGUGCAUCGGGACAAACGCCAGACUGUGCGUUGGUCGACCCCCCCCCCCCCACCCCCAUUCUUUAAAAAAAUAAUUCAGAGAUAAAAGAAAUUCCGUAAAUGUGAAUAUUUUCGUAACUGUAUAUCGAAUUUGUUGCGCAAUGUAUAAGUUGCGUUACAGCGAAAUUCCUCGCGCCGUAUGGAGGUGCUGAAUACACGAGGGAUGGCUACUGCUCAGAAGACGAUGGGCGUUAUGACCCUCAACAUCGCUGGUGAAAAUGUCCCUGUUAUUUAUUACCUUAAACCUCUUUCAUCGUAUAGAAAAUGACCGAUUCAUAUUUGUUAAUAACAAUGAAGGUGCGUAUGCACUGGGUUUGUGGUUGGACUUGUGCAAGUGCUGUUUCCUUCGGCCGCAUGCAUCGGCAGAUUUUGUGAAACUAAUUUCGCUACAUUUUUUGAAUGAUAGUUUUGCUUGCAUAGGAAGUAGUUUUGCUUUUAAUGCAUGGCUUGGUUAACCAACUAAUACCGACUUGCUGUAUUAAGAAAUCACACCUGGUAUAAUAUCGAAGAUGGUGAGCCCAUAGGUUGCUAAGGAUCUUGCACUGUGGGGACUGGGGGAUUGACAUGGCAUGUAGCAGCCGGCUGGUAAAGGACUGCUAUGACGUACAUCAGGACUUCAAGAAUCUUCAUUAAUAUUCGGCGACCAUAUCGUGGAUCAUGUGACCCGUGGCACACCGCGGAGGUUAAUCUUGAAAUCUAUUAAAAUAUUUCACGCCGGCACGGUGUGCCACAGAUUGUGCUGGUAAAGUGCUGCGCAACUCCGUCAAGCCACAUCAAAUGUGCGAUGAUCGGGGGAGAACGAUGCGUGACUAACGACUCCAUCCUAUAUACAUUUGUGAAUUAUAGUAGAUAUUUUUUUUAUCUACGAUGAUAAAUCUGCCAUAUUGGUCUAUGAUUUAACAAUUUUAAUUGAAAUGAAAUUAUAAAAAAAAAUGUGCAAUGCAUCGAAGUUUGUCUUUUUGCGGCUCCGUUUGGUUCUACAGUUCUUGUCUCUGCAGAUCCGUUGUGUCUGCAGUUCUCCUUGUGCCACUGCAGAUGCGUUGUCUCUGCAGUUUCACCUCUCACAAAAAAAAUCACUGGUGAGAGACAUCUUUGCAUUACGCAGAGAGACUUGGUUGAGUGAUUGGAUUAGAAGCCAAGGCAAUGCCUGCUUUAUGGAAGUGGUCACGGACCACAGGUAAUCCACGAAUUACAAGGAUUCGUAUUUUUUUUAGAUUUGCUGUACAUCGCUGUGUCAUUGUUUUAUUUACAUUGAUAUAGAAUUUCUUAGGAAUGGUCAGCAAAAUAAAAUGUCACUAAAGUCGGGUAUCGUUUGUAUGUAGGUGUGCGUUUUAUUUGAAAGGUUUGUUUUUGCCUUUGUAAUGUUGCACUUAUAUAAAUAUUAAAACUGUGUUCACAUUUUA